AUCCCUGAGGAGUCUUGAGCCUCAGGGACUCGAAAAAGGGCUGUGCGGAGCACCCCCUUCCUUAGGGCUUCUCCCGGUAACAUGCAGGAUAUGACAGCUUGAUUCGGCCAUACUCAGACAGGUUGUGGAUGGGGAGUAAGACCCUUGCUGUUUGAUCUGGACUUCCCUAGAGAAUGUACCUUCCCAGUAGACAAGUCAAGGGGGCAGUUUAAGACUAACUAGCUCUGUUCAGCAUCAGGGUGUGGCCCAGGCCGCGGCUGUCUGUAUGAUCUUCCAGAGAUGCUCUAGAUCGGAGAUACCACCUGUCUGGGUGGAGGCCAGGCUGAGAGCUGUGUCCACAGCAGUUGGAGCAGGGAAGGUGGGUGGAUUCAGCCUGGAGGCUCCCUGUGGGUCAGGCAGGAGCCAGUAGCCACUCUCUGGGAGCCAGAACUUAGAAGGCUGCUUCUCAGCCCUGGGAUGAAUGGCUCUCCUGUUCCAGUUGUGGGCCCACCCUCCUCCCCAGGUGCCAGCCGUCCUUGGGCCCCACAGCAGACCCAGGGUGGAGGCCCCCACGAGAAGCCAAAGGGCAGAACUUUCCUGGAGGAAGGGUGGGACCGGCAUGAGGGAGGGAGGUCUCCUGGCCCUUCGGCCAGUGGGAACAGUGACUUGUCUAGAGCACACUUGCCUGGGGCUGGUGUGCUCUGAUUCUGGUGGGGUUGAAAGUGAGGGGCGAGGAAAGGUCGGUGGCUCACAGAAGAUGGCUUCCAGUUCAUCAGCCAGCACCCUGUGAUUCCAGGGACAUGUAGUUCCUAAAGUAAUGGCAUGUUGUGGCCAGAGGUUUUACCUAGCUGUGACCUGACCAAGGUUUCCAAGCUAGGAAGGAAGAGGGCUAUCUAAACUGACCACUGCAUCCCCUCCGUCCGUUUUGUUGUUUGUUUGUUUGAGAUAGGGAUCUCAAUGUGUAGCUCUAGCGGUCCUGGAACUCACUACGUAGACCAGGCUGGCCUCGAACUCACAGAGAUCCGCCUGUAUCAGCCUCCUGAGUGCUUGGAUUAAAGGCGAGCAUUUAAAGGCCACUCUGACUGGCCUCCCCCACUAUUAACCUAUGCUAAGCAGAGGGGAGAGGCAGAUCUGGGACAGGUGCUGGCAGGACUUAGUAUGGAAAAGGUGAACUCUGUCCUCAGCGCAUAUGAAGAUGUCACGCGGGAAAAGAAUUCCCCCAAUCACAGGCACACGCACACGCGCGUGUUAGGAAAGAGUGAGCCCCCAGGUAGUGAGGAUGGUUGUGUCCGUGGGUUGUUUGGUCUCCAUGGCACAGUUUGAGGGUUUCGGAUGAAGUGCGAGGGAGCAAGGUGUUGGCUGGGGCCGCUUCCCUGGUUGCGCGUGGGUCCGGAGCGUUCUGCAGCGCCCUCUGGUGGGCGGCAGCCGCGCGGCGUCCAGGAGGCAGGUCCGCGACCGCAGACAACUCGCCACUCGCCUGCUGACGGUCUGGACCCGACCUCGGGUGCCACGGCUGCGCUCCGGAUCCACGCGGCGUCCCCGCCCGCGCGCCUCUGCUGGGCCCUGCCCUCCGCAGCCGUUUUCUCGAGGCUCCGCCUGCGGCCCAAUUUCCAAGCGACCGUUUCCCGGCGACGGCGGGCGGGGCGGUCCCCACCACCGCUGCCGGGAGCCUGCUAAGCCCCGCCUAAGGCUCCAGUGCGCGAGACGCUGCUGAGCCACAGCUCGCGUCCCCAGCGCUGAGACAGGGGAAUGGCUCGCACGACUUCUGAGGUCAGCGGCCUACCAGGUAGGCGACGCUCCCUCUUCCGGUCUCAGUUCUCGUGUCUUCAAAACCCGAGUCAGAAGAGGGCUUAAGAGCAAAUUUACCCAGCGCGAAUCUCUCGAGAUCGCUGGCCCCGGCUGGCCUGACCCUGGUGUAGGGUCGGAACAAGGCCGGCAGGGCCCGCAGGGUCGCCACGAUGGACUCACUGGCAGCACCCCAGGACCGCCUGGUGGAGCAGCUGCUGUCGCCGCGCACCCAGGCCCAGAGGCGGCUCAAGGACAUCGACAAGCAGUACGUUGGCUUCGCCACACUGCCCAACCAGGUGCACCGGAAGUCAGUGAAGAAGGGCUUCGACUUCACCCUCAUGGUGGCUGGUGAGUCCGGCCUGGGGAAAUCUACUCUUGUCCACAGCCUCUUUCUGACUGACCUAUACAAGGACCGGAAGCUGCUGAGUGCAGAGGAACGGAUCAACCAGACAGUUGAGAUCCUGAAACACACCGUUGACAUUGAAGAGAAGGGAGUCAAGUUGAAGCUCACCAUUGUGGACACACCCGGCUUUGGGGACGCUGUGAACAACUCAGAGUGUUGGAAGCCCAUCACCGACUAUGUGGACCAGCAGUUUGAGCAGUAUUUCCGCGAUGAGAGUGGCCUCAACCGAAAGAACAUCCAAGACAACCGGGUGCACUGCUGCCUGUACUUCAUCUCCCCCUUUGGACACGGAUUGAGGCCAGUGGACGUGGGUUUCAUGAAGGCAUUGCACGAAAAGGUGAACAUCGUUCCACUCAUCGCCAAAGCUGACUGCCUGGUUCCCAGUGAGAUCCGGAAGCUGAAGGAUAGGAUACGGGAGGAGAUUGACAAGUUUGGGAUCCAUGUGUACCAGUUUCCAGAAUGCGACUCAGAUGAAGAUGAAGACUUCAAGCAACAGGACCGGGAACUGAAGGAAAGUGCGCCCUUCGCUGUUAUUGGCAGCAACACUGUGGUGGAGGCGAAGGGGCAGCGGGUCCGGGGACGACUGUACCCCUGGGGGAUCGUCGAAGUGGAGAAUCAGGCGCACUGCGAUUUUGUGAAGCUUCGGAACAUGCUAAUCCGAACUCACAUGCAUGACCUGAAGGAUGUGACAUGCGAUGUGCACUACGAGAACUACCGUGCCCACUGCAUCCAGCAGAUGACCAGCAAACUCACACAGGACAGCCGGAUGGAGAGCCCCAUCCCUAUCCUCCCACUGCCCACCCCGGACGCAGAGACAGAGAAGCUCAUCAGGAUGAAGGACGAAGAGCUAAGGCGCAUGCAGGAGAUGUUGCAGAAGAUGAAGCAGCAAAUGCAAGACCAGUGACACCCGGCCCCAGCCCCACAUCGCCAAGGAUAGAUGGCCGGUUUCCGGGCUGGCUCCUCCUAUCCCUGGAUCCCAGACUGUCCUGGAUUCUACCCUGGGUUCAUCUGGAUCUCAGACAGCCUGGACCUAACCCUAACCCAAAGUGGCUUUGACCAAACUGUUCAGACCUGGAGCCACAGAGCCACAGCCCCCAGAUGACCCUAAUUUAUUCUCAGCAUCCACCCUUCCCGGUCUGGUAUCUGCUUCUGAGUGGUCUGAACCACAGCCCCUCCCCAACCCCCUGCCGCCCCCAGCCCCGCGCGCACCUCCCGCUCGUCUAAAGGGAACAAGUUGUGUAUAAUCUCCAAGAUCUCUUCCUAAAAGAUCACUGCCCCAGCGGCCAAUAAACCAGGGUAGAGGAGGGUCGUGGAUGCAGGGUCUCGGGCCUAUUACCCAAGAUAAUACCGCAGAAUGGAAUUGGGAGGCCCCCUCUGCGGGUUCCAGUGGGCUACAAAGCGUAUGUUAAUGUGCUACUGUGUGCGGGUAGUAGGCUCGGUCCUCCCUCACUCUUUAACCAGGCUCUGUUCAGGACCAGAGCACACGGGUUUGGAGGCUGAGGCCUUUAGGAAGACCCCAGACCUAGAAGCGUCUAGGAGGAAGGAGAGGAAUGUGUUGCGCUAAACGUCUCACGCCCCUUCCUGAGUCGACCUGAAGGACUCCAGGGGCGGUUGGAACGGGGUGUACCCUAUGCCUAGACUACUUUCAUCUACCUAUAGGUCAAGUUCUCCUCCCAGCAGAUCUGUUGUGCUGGGAUUCCAGCCCUUGGCCUCCUCCAUCUGUCCACCCGCAUGACCCCUCCCCACACACCCCAUUCUCUGUUUUGUUUAGUUGUGAAUGCCGCGUCCUGUCCUGGUGACAGGAGAACAAAGUUGGUGAACGUC